AUGCCCGCAGAAACUUACUACAUCGGCGUCGACGUCGGGACAGGCUCUGUCCGUGCCGGCCUCGUCAAGCACGACGGCACCCUUGUCGCAUCCUCCACCGAAACCACAAUCACCUACCGCGAUCACAAUGAUCAUCGCAUUUUCGAGCAAUCUACCAACAAUAUUUGGGAUGGCAUGUGCAAAACCAUAAGAGCAGUUCUUUCAGAGGCCAAAGUUGCACCGUCCGAUGUCAAGGGUCUCAGUUUCGACGCGACCUGCUCCCUCGCCGUCAGCGACAUGAAUGGAGACCCCGUCGUCGUCACCAAGGGCGACAAGAUGGGCGAGAUCGGAGACCGCAAUGUCAUCCUCUGGGCUGACCACAGAGCUGAAAAGGAGGCCGAACUCAUCAACAGUACAGGAUCGGUCGUCCUAGAUUAUGUCGGCGGUACCAUGAGCCUCGAGAUGGAAAUACCCAAAACUCUCUGGCUGAAGAAGCACAUGAAACCCGAGCGCUUUGCCCGCUGCCAAUUUUUUGACCUUCCUGACUUCUUGACCUACCGCGCGACGGGGGACAACUCGCGUUCUUGCUGCUCCAUCACCUGCAAGUGCUCCUACGUUCCUACUAAAUCGGGCUGGCAGGCGGAGUUCUUCCAGAAGAUCGGUCUCAGCGAGUUUGUCCACAAUGGCUACAAACAGCUAGGGGCCGCUGAACAGCAAGUUCUCACUGCUGGAUUGCCAGUUGGCAAGGGCCUGUCGAAAAAGGCUGCGGAAGAGCUUGGUCUCCUGGAGGGCACCCCCGUCGGAAGCGCCGUUAUCGAUGCCUACGCUGGAUGGCUAGGUACAGUAGCUGCUCGGUACAGAGAGAAUGGGAAGCUGGUUGAGACAGUCCCCUCCAUUGACGAGUCACGACAUCGUCUAGCUGCCUGUGCAGGGACCAGCACAUGUCACAUUGUGCAGAGCCGCAAAGGUGUAUUUGUGAAUGGUGUUUGGGGCCCGUAUCAAGGCGCUAUAUUCCCCGGCUGGUGGAUGAACGAGGGUGGCCAAUCUUCCACAGGACAACUCAUCGAUUUCAUGAUCACAACACAUCCUGCAUAUUCCAAGCUGCAGCAACUCGCUGAGGAGCAAAAGACGAACAUCCAUGAUGUGCUGGAGACCGAGUUGAACAAAGCGUGCAAAGAGCACGGCGCGGCUAGUUGGACAGACCUCACCAAGGAAGUGCACUUCUACCCCGACCUGCACGGGAACCGUUCGCCCAUCGCCGACCCGCGCAUGCGGGGCAUGUUUACCGGUCUCGCACUCGACGCGACGCUCGGCGACCUCGCGCGCAAGUACAACCUCACGAUGGAGGCGAUCGCGCUGCAGACGCGGCACAUUGUCGACGAGAUGAACGCGCAGGGGCACGAGAUCACCGCGAUCUACAUGUCCGGCGGGCAGGCGAAGAACACUGCGCUCAUGCGCCUGUUCGCCAACACGUGCGGCAUGCCUGUUGUUCUCCCCGACAACAGCGGCGCUGCGGUCGUCCUCGGUGCGGCGAUGCUUGGGCGCGUCGCUGCGGAGGUGCAAAAGAGGGAGCACUUGAAUGAAGAGCAGGUCGGUGAAGCCCUGUGGGACAUCAUGGUGGAAAUGACGCCCCCCGGCACGAUGGUCUCACCUUCUGCCAGCCCAGCAGAGAAGAAACUGCUCGAGGCAAAAUACAAGAUCUUCAGAGAGUCCAUCGAUAUUCAGAAGCGAUGGCGAAAGCAGAUGGAGGAAGCCUCUCUGUGA